AUGGCCGUCACAAGAGUCCAGCAGAGUAUAUCUUCGCCAACAGUCAAGAUACCCCGGCAAGAUACUUCUCUCACCAUCCGCCUCCCUGAAAUAGGCCGAAGGCGACUACAAAAGACGGACUUCGCUUAUUUCUGUUCCAUCGCAGCUCCAGAUGCUGAGCCCGAAGAGUUGCGGACAGUUAUUGACUGGGGAAACUGGGUGUUCCCUUUUGAUGACCUCUUCGAUAAUGGAAGCCUCAAGGACGACCCAGAACGUGCCCAAAUACUUGUUGAGGAUUUGCGAGCAGGCAUGGCCGACGAAGCUGGGCAGAGGCCAGUACUCUCAGAUUACCCAAUAGUACAGGUGCACAACUCAGUAUGGCACCGAAUCACUCAGGCUCAACCUAUCGGGAUUCGUCGCAGGUUUGCACGUGCCAUGAAUGACUACUGCACCGGAUGCUUGGCUCAAGUACGCUCAUGCUCCAAGGGAGAGUUGCCCUCGCUUGAAGAAAUGCUCUGUCUGCGUAGGCAGUCUGCAGGUGUUUCGCCGCUCUUUGCCUUAGUAGAAUAUGCCCACAAACUAGAUAUCCCAGAUCAUGUGUUUGAAUGCAAGAGCAUCCAAGAGAUCGAGAGGAUUGGUACUGACCUCGUGUUACUGCAAAACGACAUACUAUCAUACUGCAAAGAAGAGAAAGAAGGUGUGAGCCAUAACUUAGUGGCCAUCUGCCGUCACAAUGGCAUGCCAGCGCAGGUAGCGUUUAAUCAUGUCGGCGAAAUGCUCAUUGAGCGCUACCGAGACUGGUACCUUGCUUUGGCAGCACUGCCAACCUGGGGGGAACGGGUCGAUGCAGAUGUUCAAGAAUACAUCCGAGGCGUGCAGAAUGUCGUUCGCGCUAAUCUUCACUGGAGCUUCCGGUCCGGGCGAUACUUUGGGAAAGCAAACGACCAAGUGCGGAAGACCGGAAUGGUGACUGUGCGGGGCAACAACGCCGACUUCAAGCUGUCUAUGGCGUAG